UGCAGAGGCUCAGCAAGAUUGUGCAGAAGGUCUCUUAUUGCCCCACACUGGGAGGUAACCCGGCCAAUUACCACCUCGAGAAAACCGAGCGUCUGGUCCAGUAAAGCUAAUAAAUACCCCGGCGCGGCCCCAAGUGGUGGCGGCCCCGAGACCCCAGGCAGCGAGGCCAGGCUUUGGGCAAGUCCGCCUGGGUCCCUGCGCGCCCGCCCCACUGAGGACUCUCCACGGGACUCUUGGGAUCCGCUUUUAAGAAGCUUCCCGGGCUCGCGCGCCGACGUCCCGGGGCUGCUCCCGCCUCCGCGGGCUUCCCGGCCCCCCCGCCCGUCCCCGCCGCGCAGAGCCGCCCCCGAGCGCCCGCCGCAGCGCGAAACCCCAAGCCCGGGACGCGGCCGAGGCCCCAGCGCUCCCGCCCGCCCGCGCGCCGCGUGUGCCCCUCGGCGCCGAGCCCCAGCCCGCCCCGCCAUGGCUGCGAGCGCCUUCCGCCGCCUGCACCCGGCCAUCCGCCCGUGGGUCCGCCCGGGGCUCGGCCGGGGGCUCGGCCGGUGCGCCCCGCCUUCGCCGCCCGCCGCGAGAUGUUCUCAUUCCAGAGGGAAGGAACGUCUAGAGACUCCAUCUGCUAAAAAAUUAACAGAUAUAGGAAUUAGAAGAAUCUUUUCAUCAGAACAUGACAUUUUCCGGGAAUGUGUAAGGAAGUUUUUUCAAGAAGAAGUUGUUCCUUACCAUGCAGAAUGGGAGAAAGCUGGUGAAGUGAGUAGGGAGAUUUGGGAAAAAGCUGGAAAAGAAGGACUGCUUGGUGUCAAUAUUGCAGAACAUCAUGGUGGUAUUGGUGGGGACUUGUAUUCGGCAGCUAUUAUUUGGGAAGAACAAGCAUAUUCAAAUUGUUCAGGCCCAGGAUUUAGUCUUCAUUCAGAUAUUGUCAUGCCCUAUAUUACAAACCAUGGCUCAGAAGAACAAAUUAAGCACUUCAUCCCCCAGAUGGUCAGUGGGAAAUGUAUUGGUGCCAUAGCAAUGACAGAGCCUGGGGCUGGAAGUGAUUUGCAAGGAAUAAAAACAAACGCCAAAAAGGAUGGAAGUGACUGGAUUCUCAAUGGAAGCAAGGUAUUCAUAACCAAUGGGUGGCUAAGUGACGUUGUGAUUGUAGUGGCAGUCACAAAUCGUGAAGCUCGCUCUGUUGCCCAUGGCAUUAGCCUUUUUCUGGUGGAAAAUGGAAUGAAACGAUUUUUCAAGGGAAAAAAGCUACAAAAAAUGGGACUAAAAGCCCAGGAUACUUCAGAAUUAUUCUUUGAAGAUGUACGGUUGCCAGCUAGUGCCCUACUUGGAGAAGAGAAUAGAGGUUUCUAUUACCUCAUGCAAGAGCUUCCACAGGAAAGGCUACUGAUUGCUGAGUUGGGAAUUUCAGGCAGUGAAUUCAUGUUUGAAGAAACCAGGAAUUACGUUAAAGAGAGAAAUGUUUUUGGGAAAAAAGUUGCACAUAUGCAGACGGUGCAGCAUAAGCUAGCUGAAUUAAAAACACAGAUUUGUGUGACCAGAGCUUUUGUAGACAGCUGUCUCCAGCUGCAUGAAAAGAAAUGUCUGGACUCCACCACUGCCGCCAUGGCGAAAUAUUGGACAUCUGAGUUACAAAACCGCAUUGCUUAUGACUGUGUCCAGCUCCAUGGAGGUUGGGGGUACAUGUGGGAGUACCCAGUUGCAAAAGCUUAUGUGGAUGCCCGAGCUCAGCCAAUCUAUGGUGGUACCAACGAAAUAAUGAAGGAGCUGAUUGCAAGAGAGAUCGUCCAUGACAAGUAGACAUCUGCCCACAUCCUGGAAUCCUAUUACAACUAAUCUGGUUUUAAAUCUACUCAAGAUAAAAUGCAACCUGGAAUAGGAAAUGCUAAACAUGUUUUUAUAUGCUCUCUCUAUAGAAAGAGAAAUCAAAGACAAGAUUAAUACAGUGGUAGGAGAAACUUUGAACUCAAAGAUUCUAAAUUUUUCCAGUGCAAGGUUUAACUUUUAAGUUUUUACAUAGCUAAAAGGCAAAAGUGUUCUGAUUCUAGAAACCUUGCCAUUUGGUUUUCCCUAAAACUCUAAAAAAAAGCAUAAUUGCUUUCAAAUUGAGGCAGCAAUAGUUUUGUUUCAUUUGCCCUCAUAUUUUAAGUUCGGCUUAUAGAAGACACAAAGUAUUUGUUAAUUUUUAAAAGUACACUGUUCCAAAAAAAAGUCACUGUUUUGAUACCUGUAUCAAUGGUAUACUAUAAAAACAUUAAUAAGAAUUACAGCACAUUGAUUUUGAAAGGGAAAAACAAAUAUACAAUGCAAAUGAUUUCUACCACCCUAUCCUAAGCCUCUACUUUUAGGCAGUGGAAUUAUUUCUUCAAACAAAAGCUUCUGCACAGUCUUUGUGACAUACUGAUGAAUGAAGAGCUGCCUUAGUAGAAGCAAGAAGCCUUUCUGCCUUACUGCCUUGGAACCACUAGGACUCAAGUUGAGUAUCUGUCCAAAGAAUGUGGUAGCUUCUCUCAUCUACUGACACCUGGGCUUGCAACAGAUUUCAUGCCACUUUCAUUCAUAGGAGAAUAUGAAAUAAUUUAUCAUCCUUUAGUUUCAAUAUAAUGGGAUAUUUCAUAGGUUUCAAAACAGUGACUUUUAGGAGCACUUGGGCAGCUCAAUUGGUUAAGCAUCUGCCUUUGGCUCAGGUCAUGAUCCCAGAGUCCUGGAAUCAGAGUCCCAGGAUCAGAGUUCUGGGAUCCAGCCCUGUGUCAGGCUCCCUGCUCUUGGGAGUCUGCUUCACCCUCUCCCUCUGCCACUCCCCCUGCCUAUGCUCUGUCUCUCUCAAAUAAAUAAAAAUUUAAAAACAGUGACUUUUAGUUUGGAACAGAGUACUUUUAAAAGUUAACAAAAGUGGGACUUGUGGGUGGCUCAGCGGUUUAGCGGCUGCCUCUGGCUAAGGUUAUGAUUCUGUGGUCCUGGGAUCGAGUGCCACAUUGGGUUUCCUGCAAGGAACCUGCUUCUCCCUCUGCCUGUGUGUCUGCCUCUCUCUGUGUCUCUCAUGAAUAAAUUUUUUUAAAAAUUAACAAAGUAAUCAUUUAAAAUAGAAAAGUGAGAGGACACCCGGCUGGCUCAGUUGGUAGAACAUGCAACUCUUGAUUUUGAGGUUGUGAGUUUAAGCCCACGUUGGGUGUGGAGAUUACUUAAAAAUAAAAUCUUUCAGAGGUGAAUAAAUAGGAUAAGAAAGUGAGGAAACAUUUUAUUUGAUGUUUAAAAGUAAUUGCUAUCAAAGAACAAACCAUUAAUUUAAUUUGUAAUCUGCUAGAAUCAUUUCAGUACUUUUUUUUCCUUGCAUAGAUUGGUGAGAGAGUGAAAUAAAGACACUUGAAACAAAUAGAGGUAUUCUCUAUAAACUUCAAAAACUUAAAGCUUUUAUUUGGUGCAGUUGGUAUUAAACAUUAUUUUUUAAUGCAACCAUUACAACUGGGUAGAGUAGAGGGAAGAGAAAAUACUUCGAUAUCAUUCUUUCCUAGAAUUCCACACCUUUGAUUUGCUCGUAGGUAGAAGUUUGUAUGAUUGCUUCCUGGAGUUCUUGUUCAUAUGCAUUAAAUACUGUGCAAAAUGGAUUAAGAUAAAAUUUUAUUAGAUUAUGGUAUUUGUAGUUUUUACCUUCUGCCUAUUACCAAGACACCAAUAUAGGAUUAGAUAAACUGACCCACUCCCUUUCAGCCCCUUUUCAUUCCUUUCUCAAUCUUAAGGAAACUAGAUUUUAGGAACAUCUGUAACAUAAAAAGUAAGUUGGCAUAGUAGGAAAAGUCUACUACGUGGAGGUGGAGAGACCUGGGUUUGAAUAAUGACUCUACCUUUUAAGAGCCUUUGGAUCUUGGGCAACUUCUUUUAACUUCUCAGGAUUCUUUUGGGUGCAAAUGACCAAAGAAGCCUAAUUCAUACUACUGUAACCCCAAACUUGGGUGUGCUAGCUUAAAAGAAUUGUGAAGGGGCAGCUGGGUGGCUCAGUAAGUUAAGUGCCUGACUCUUGAUUUUGUCUCAGGUCAUGAUCUCAAGGUCAUGAGACGGAGCCCUAUGUCCGCUUUGAGCAUGGAGCCUGCUUAAGAUUCUCUUUCUACCUCUCCUUCCCAAAAGUAAAUAAAUAAAGAUAAAAGGAUUGUGGAGUAGCUCUAAUGACCUAAAGGACUAUAGGAACUAGGGUCUCAGAGGCUCGAUUUGGGACUUAGAACUGCCAGCACUUAACUAUAACUAUUUCUUUCUUUCUUUUUUUUUUUUUUCUUGCAAAUGGACCUAAUGGACCCUGCAGAGAAAUUUCAUUGCACAGUCUGUAAAAAUGACCUUGGGCUUUUCCAGGCCUAUAGCCUUCAGCACAAUGUCAUUAUUAGAUAGGGGAAAGGUGCAUUAUGAUUGACAGUCUCAUCAGGAAUACACAGACUGGGGGAGGCAGUUCCUGAAGCAAGAGUGGUAUUAUAAAAAAAAAGAAAAAAAGAAAAAAGGAACAGAGAAGUCUGUUGGGAAAACCCAAAUCAUACACACACAAAGCUAUUACAGUCUACUGGAGCUAGGAGGUUUUAGUAAUUUAGAUAUCUCAGAGAAUGAAAGGGUUUCUAAGACAGGAUGUCUUCUUAGAAUAAUAUCUAGGAUGUUUUCUAUCUCCUACACCUGUUGGUUUUGUUUUUGGUUUGUCUUGCCAACGUCACUCUUCUUUUGGGCUCCUAAAAGAAGCAUAUGUUGUAUCGUGGACUUAAAGCUGAAAGCAAAAGAAAACAGAAUUCAGACUGUGUUUCUUAACCUUUAAUUUGGAUUUUAUUUCUUAAAUAGCUAAUCUUUGUGUUUUGCUUGUGUGGCUUUGAUUGUUGCCCCUGGGGAGGGAAUUUGUCAUCACGUAUAUCAUGCUGUGCUAAGUGCUCAAGAAAACAAUAAAUAAUAAUAAUACUCAAAAGAACAGACUGGACCAACACAGCAAGAGAGUCACACUGUGUAAAUAAUUAAUGAGAAUCAAAAAGCCUGAGUAAUUUUGUUUUUUAGCUGAGGUUUUUAGAAUCACAAUUAUUGCUGUAAAUUUUUCACCCUUUAUUUCUUUGAUAGUGUCAUUGAAAAUGGUAAUAUAUAAAAGAAGCUGUUUUGAUAUGCUAUUUUAAAAUCUAACUGCAAAUCAUUACUAAUCUAGCAAUUUUAGGAGUUUAUUGCUCAAGGUGUAAGAUUUCUAGGAGACUAGUUUUUUUUUUUGUUUUUUUCCAUAUGUCAGUAUUAUUUUUGGCAUACACAGCAUUUAUUUAUUUGGAAUCAUUGGAAAGAUUUGACAUUGAGAUGGAAACCAACUGUAGGCCUAUAGUGUCUACUGCCUUAUAAUAAAUGUGGAAAGGAAGUUCUCAGUUUUUGAAACCUGUUUUCCAUUUUUAAGAAAAAUUACAGAAAACUUCAAACAUACUCAAAAAUAGUAAAGAUCAUAUAAUGAACCACUAGCUUCAACAUUUGCCGCUGUAUCUCUCUCACUUUUUUCCUAACUUAUUUUAAAGCUAAAUCCCAGACUUAGGGAUCCCUGGGUGGAGCAGCGGUUUAGUGCCUGCCUUUGGCCCAGGGCGCGAUCCUGGAGACCCGGGAUUGAAUCCCACAUCGGGCUCCCGGUGCAUGGAGCCUGCUUCCCCCUCUGCCUAUGUCUCUGCCUCUUUCUCUCUCUCUCUCUCUCUCUCUGUGUGUGUGACUAUCAUAAAUAAAUAAAAUUAAAAAAAAAAUCCCAGACUUAAUCCUAUUUCACUCAUACUUGUGUGUUUCAGAAUACAUACCUAACUGAUGAAGAUUUUUUCUACAUUACUACAAGGCCAUCAUCAUAAUUAAAAAGCUUAAAUUUAACUUAUACUUCCAAAUAAACCUUAAAGUUUUCUUGGUUCUAUAAAGAAUGCCUCUUGUAGUUGGUUUGUUCAAAUCAGAAUCCCAAAGUCCAAAAAUUGCAAUUUUUUUUAGUUGUCUCUUAAGUCUCUUAUUUUAUCAUUGUUCUCCCUUUUUUCUUUCUUUUUAAAUUUUAUUUUUAAAUUAACAUACAGCAAACUUGCCUGUUUAUAUAUAUAUAUAUAUAUAUAUAUAUAUGGAAAUAUGGAAACUACCUUUUUUGGUUCUCUAAAUUUAGCAUGUAAAUAGAUUCAUGCAAUCCCUACCACAAUCAAGAAAUCAAGAUACAGAACAGUUCCAUUACCCCCCCAAAAUACCUUGUUCCCUUUGUAGUCACACCCUCUCUGCACCUCUACCCCCAAUACCAACGAUCUGUUCUCUGUUAUUACAGAUUUGUCAUUUCAAGACUGUCCUAUGGCAUUAUAGAGUAUGUAAUUCCUUGAGAAUGGCUUCAUUCUCUUAGCAAAGUGCAUUUAAGAUUUAUUCAUGUUGUGUGAAUAGGGUGUUCCUUGUUUUAGUGCUAGAUAGUAUGUCACGGUAUGGAUAUACUGCAAUUUGUUCAUUCAUUCACCUGCGUAGGGACAUUUUGGUUGCUGAGAUUAAAUACCCAGGAAAUGAAUUGUUAGGUCAUAAAGAUAAAUGCAUGUUGAACAUUCUAAGAAAUGCCAAACUGUUUUUCCAGAAUCCUUGAAUCAUUUGGCUUUCCACCAGCCAUGCAAGCAUUCCAAUUGCUCUGCAUCUUUUCUAGUACUGUAUUUUUAAAAUUUUAGUCGUUCUAAUAUGUAUGUAGUGGUAUUGCAUUGUGGCUUUAAUUUGCAUUUCCCUAAUGCCUAAUGAUAUUGAACAGCUUUUCAUGUGCUUAUUUUACCUUCCACAUAUCUUCUUUGGUGGAUUUUCUUUCUUUUUUUUUUUUAAGAUUUUAUUUAUUUAUUCAUGAGAGACACACAGAGAGAGAGAGAGAGAGGCAGAGAUACAGGCAGAAGGAGAAGCAGGCUCCACUCAGGGAACCUGAUGCGGGACCUGAUCCUGGGACUCCAGGAUCACGCCCUGGGCGGAAGGCAGAAGCUAAACCACUGAGACACCCGGGCUGCCCUUUGGUGGAUUUUCUAUCCAGAUAUUUUGCCCAUUUUUUAGUUGGGUUGCUUGUUCUAAAUAUCAGGCUUUAAGAGUUCUUUAUAUAUUCUGAUACUUUGAAGCACAAGGCAAAGCCAGUCUUCCAGAUUCAGCUAGUAAAGAAACAAUGAGCCCUUUUUUGACUCAGUUUACUCUUUACAUUGAGUGAAAAGACAAGUAGCUUAAAAGUAUCAGCUCCCUGUGGCCUUUGUGUGGGAAGACAAUGAAACAAAAGAAGCCAUAAGAGUCCAGAUGACUAUAGUAGGAAUGAUAGGAUGCUCUAUUGCUGAGGAUUCCAUUCCAUGGUGCUGCUCAUCACUUUUAUAGGUGUACAUGUGCCUUAAUGCUAGCAAGGCAGAAAAGCCACAUAACCGAUAAGAACCCUGAAAUUAUGAGUGCUAUCUCAGGACACUCUCCAGGGUUGAUAAGGAAGCCAGAGAGAAGUAGCCUUAUAGCAGGACCUCUCAGAUCUACCAUGCUCUCAUGUUCCAGGGGGGCCACAAGGCAUUCUGUCAAGAUUCAGCUGCUAUUCAAGCCUUGCUCAGGUGGCCCAUGUGGCAACAUGUAAAGUCAUCAGGCUCUGGUUCUUCCUCAAUAGAUACAAGUCUUUUGUCGUAUAUGUGACUUGUAAAUAUUUUCUUCCUAUCUGUAGCUAGUUCUGAGAUGGGUUUCAUAGAACAAAAAUUUUAACUUUGAUGAAUUCAAAUUUAUAAAUUUUUUCUUGUGAAUUUGUAUCAUAUCUAAGAACUUUUUGCUCAAACUCAAGUCAUUAAAUUUUUCUCAUGUUUUCUUCCAAGUAUUCUGUAUUUUACAUUUUUCAUUUAGGGGUUCCUAGGUGGCUCACUCAGUUAAGGGUCCAACUCUUGAUCUCAGCUCAGGUCUUGAACUCAGGAUUGUGAAUUCUAGCCUGCAUUGGGCUCUACAUAAACAAACAAACAAAAAACCAUUUAGAUCUAUAUUCCAUUUAGUAGUUUUUAUAGCACAUAAGAUUUAUGUCAAGGUGCAUAUUUUUUUACUGAUGUAUAAUUCUGCUAGCGCCACUUGUUGAAAAGAGCAUGCUUGUUUUCAUCGACUUUCUUUUAAACUUUUGUGAAAAGUCAGUUGACCAUAUUCGUGUGGGUUUAUUUCUGGACUAUGUUCUGUUUUAUUGAUCUAUACAUCUCCUCCUUUGUCUUGGAGUGGUUUUAUGGAAGAUCUUAGAAUAAGAUAAUGCGAUUCCUCUAAUUUUAUUCUUCUUUUUCAAAAUUGUUUUGGCUGUUCUAAUCCUUUUCCCUUUCCAUACUAAUUUUUGAUUCAACUUUAUGUUUACAAAAUAUCCUGCUAGGGUUUUGAUUGGAAUUACAGUAAGUCUGUUAAUCAUUCUGAAGGAAUUUGCCAUUUUUACUAUGUUUAAUCUUCCAAUUCGUGAAUGGGAAUGACUCAAUUUAUUUAGAUCUUCUUUAUUUCUUCAGCAUUUUGUAGUUUUCAGCAUAGAAAUUCUAUAUGUGUUCAUUAUGCUUACAAUUUCUUUUUUUCUUUUUUCUUUUUUUUUUUUUAGGGGAACAGCUACUGUAAAUUGUAUUGAUGUUUAGUUAUGACUUAUAGGUUUGUUUUUGUUUUAAGGAGAGAGGGAGCACAACGGCAGAGGGAGAGGGAGGAUCUUCAGCUAGGCAUGGAGCCUGACUCAGGGCUCAAUCUUACAACCCUGAGAUCAUGACCUGAGCUGAAACCAAGAGUUGGUAGCAUAAAUGACUGAGCUACCCAGGCACUCUGGCUUACAGGUUUCUGUUGCCAAUAUAAUUGAUUCUUGUUUGUUGAACUUGCAUCCUAUCUAUAAAUUCUAGGGGCUUUUCUGGGGUUUUUUUGUUGUUUGGUUUUUUUUUUUUUUCCCUUUAGAUUCCCUGGGUUUUUCUAGAUAGACAAUAAUGUCAUCCACGAAUAGGGAUAGUUUAUUUCUUUUUAACCUGUAUGUCUUUUAUUAUUUUUUCUUUCUUCUUUUUUUCUCUGUCUUCUUUUCUUUCUCUCCCUCCAUUUCAUUUCUUCCUUUCUUUUUUUCUCAUUAUAGGACUUCCACUACAAUAUUAGCAUAGGAAUUGUGAAAAUGGACCUUCUUGUUUAUUUCUGAUCUUAGAGGGAAAGCAUUAUAACUUUCACAUUAAAUACAGGUUUUAAGUAGAUUUUUAGUAGAUGCCAUUGAUCAGGUUUAAGUGGUUCUACUGUGUUCCUAAUUUGAUUAGAGUUUUUACCAUUAAUGGAUGUUGAAUUCUGUUAAAUGCUUUUCAGUGUCAAUGGAUAUAAUCAUAUGGUUUUUCUUCUUUAGAGUAUUAAUAUUGUAGAUUACAUUGAUUGUAUUUUGAAUAUUGAACCAACUUUGCAUUUCUGCAAUAAACUCCAUAUGGUCAUUCUGUGUUAUGAUAUUUAAAUAUUGAUUCUAUUAAUAUAAUUUACUGGGAAUUUUUGCAUCUAUCUUCAUAAGGAACAUUUAAAUGUAAUUUUUCUUCUUGAACUGUCUUUUCCUCCUUUGUUAUUAAAGUAAUGCUAAUCUUGAAAAAUGAGUUGGGAAUUAUUUCUUUUUCCUCCAUGCUAUUGAUUUGUUAGAAAAAACAGUCAUUUGUUUUGUGGAAUAUCCACCAUUAUUGAUAUGCCUGAUUGAUCUUCCAUGGUGAUUUUAAUUUAUUAUUUUAUUCCCCAUGUUUCCUGUAAACUGAUAGAGCAAAAGAUUUGAUUAGAUUCAGGCCCAGUACUUUGGCCCAGAAAACGUAAAUGGUGCUGUGAAUAUUUCAUUACAUUGUGCUAGGAACGUAAAAUAUGUAAUUCUCUCGCUUUUAGAAAUACUGAGAUUGAUCAAUAGAUUCAAAUAUUAUUAGUCUGAUACUUCCAUAAAAUUCCCUGUCAACAUUUUACCUAAUAAUUGUCUACUGAUAAUUAUUUAUAAAAUUCAUGAUUUCAUUUGGAGUUGUAAAGGAUGAUUUUGUAAUUUUUAACUCCUUUUGCGUGGAUUAACUUUCAUAAAGAACUUUCAUCAACUUUUUGGUCAGUUUGUGUGUACUUUGUGUCCUCUAGGAAUCAGAAGUAGAGGCAUAGAAGUUGAAGUUUUGAGAAAUAACAUCUGUGAUAGAUGGAAAUGGAGGGAAGUCAUUGGACAAAUGGAUGUCAUUGGGCAAGGCCUUAGACCAUGAAGCAAAUCUGACAAAGUCUUGCAGAGUCCAAUGAGGAACUCUGGAGUAAAGACUUCCCACUAGAAGAGUCCCACAUUUGUCUUAAAUGGUCAGCUCCUGGUUCUUCUGCCCUGAUCAGUCAUUGUCUAAGGACUGCCUGGGAUGAGGGUGGCCUUAGCUCAAAAGCUAAUGUGGAUCCUAUAGGAGCUAAUAGCUAGAGGCUAAGUUAACUGUGUUCCCUACAGCAAAGUUGGGAAGUUCUUUCUUGAAAGGAGAUGAGUUGCACCUCCAUGGCUGCCACAUCCUGAAAUAGAAUUUGCAAAUAAAUGCAAACUAAAUUCUUGAUUUUUGUUUUCCAUUUACCAGUUUUUAGAGUAAUGAGUGGGUAUCCUAGGAAUGUCUGAUUGAUAAGAACUCAUGGAUUUGGGAAAUAUUGAUGUGUUUUAGUUAACUAUAGUCAUUAUUAUUUUUGAUGUGUGAAUUGUUUCAUGUUAGGCCAGUAAGAUUUCCUACAAGUUUGUUCCAAUUUUUUUCUUUUUUUAAAUAAAAAAUGUCAAACAUAAAACUACAGAAAAUAGUAUAAUGAACCACCGUGUAUAUUAUCACUCAGGUUUGACAAUUAUCAACUCAUGACUAAUCUUUAGUCAUCUGUAGCACUAUAUGCCUUCCCCUGUCAUGGAUUAUUUUUAAAAUUAUUUUUUAAAUAUUUGUUAUUUUAUAUAGAGAGACUGUACAUGAGUGCUGGGAGGGGCAGACGGGGGUGGGGAGAGAGAAAGAACAUAUGAGCAGACUCCCCACUGAGCACAGCACCCAACACAGGUUUCUAUCCCAGGACCCUAAGAUCAUAACCUGAGCCAAAAUCAAGAGUUGGCCAUCCAACAAACUGAGCUACCCAGGCAUCCCAUGUGAAGGAUUAUUUUGUUUUAUUUUUUAAAUGUUAUUUUAUUUAAAUUAAAUUAAAUUUAAAUUAUUAGUUUCAGAGGUAAAGUUCAGUGAUUCAUCAGUUAUAUAUAACACCCGGUGCUCAUUACAACAUGUGUCCUCCUUAAUGCCUAUCACCCAGUUACCCCAUCCCCCAACACCCUCCCCUCCAAGCAUUUCUCAGUUUGUUUCCUAUGGUUAAGAAUCUCUUAUGGUUUGUUUCCGUCUGAUUUCAUGAUUUCAUCUUGUUUUAUUUUUCCCUCCCCUUCUCUAUGUUCCUUUGUUUUGUUUCUUAAGUUCCACAAAUGAAUGAAAUCCUAUGAUAAUUGUCUUUCUCUGAUUGACUUACUUCACUUAGCAUAAUACCCUCUAGUUCCAUCCAUGUCUUUGCAAAUCGCAAAUUUUUUUUUAUAUUCUUUAUUCAUCUGUUGAUAGACAUCUGGGCUCUUUCCAUAGUUUGGCUAUUGUAGACAUUGUUGCUAUAAACAUUGGGGUGCAGAUGCUCCUUCAGACCACUACAUUUUUAUCUUUGGGGUAAAUACCCAGUAGGGCAAUUGCUGGGUCAUAGGGUAGCUCUAUUUUUAACUUUUUGAGAAACCUCUACAUUGUUUUACAGAGUGGCUGCACCAGCUUGCAUCCCACCAGCAAUGUAAGAGGGCUCCCCUUUCUCUGCUUUCUUGCCAACAUUUGUCUUUUCCUGACUUAUUAAUUUUAGCCAUUCUGACUGGUGUGACGUAUUAUCUCAUUGUGGUUUUGAUUUGUAUUUCCCUGAUGCCGAGUGACGAGCAUUUUCUCAUGUGUCUGUUGCCAUUUGUGUGUCUUCUUUGGAGAAAUGUCUGUUUAUGUCUUCUGCCUAUUUCUUGAUUGGAUUAUUUGCUCUUUGGCUAUUGAGUUUGAAAGCUUCUUUACAGAUUUUGGACAUUAACCCUUUAUCUGAUGAAACAUUUGCAAAUAUUUUCUCCCAUUCUGUAGUUUGCCUUUGGGUUUUGUGCAACUGUUUCCUUCGCUGUGCAAAAGUUUUUUAUCUUGAUGAAAUCCCAAUAGCUCAUUUUUUGCCUUUGUUUCCCUUGCUAUUAAAGACAUGUUUUGACAGGAGUUGCUGUGGCCAACGUCAAAGAAGUUGCUGCCUGUAUUCUCUUCUUGAAUUCUGAUGGAUUCCUGUCUCACAUUUAGGUCUUUCAUCCAUUUUGAGUUUAUCUUUGUAUAUGGUUUAAGAAAGUGGUCCAUUUUCAUUCUUCUACAUGUGGCUGUCCAAUUUUCCCAACAUCAUUUGUUGAAGACAAUGUCUUUUUCCAUUGGAUAUUCUUGCCUGCUUUGUCAAAGUUUAGUUGACCAUAGAGUUGAGGAUCAUCAUGGAUUAUUUUAAAACAAAUACCAAACAUCAUGUAAUGCUGAAAUAUUUUGAUAUGACCCUGUUAUUUCUGAUAGUGGCUUGCUCUCUGGAACCACAAAAUUUCCCGUAUCUGUCAUGUACAAAUUCUGCCUUAGAGCUGAAUUCAGCCAUUUUUGCAAAUAUCUCUAGUUUUAGAUUUUUCUAGUUUCAGAGUACUACCAAAUUUUUUUUUCUAAUUUUACCUUCUGUUUAAUAAAAUCCAUCCUUCAUAUAUUUUUAUUAGUAAAAAUUGUACAUUUUCUUCAAUCUUUUCCUUAAAGCUAAACUCAGCAGAAGUUUAUCUUAAAGUAUCCCAAGAGAGGUUAUGCUCCAUUUUACACUGAAAAUUAUAUUGGUAGGGGGAUCCCUGGGUGGCACAGCGGUUUUGGCGCCUGCCUUUGGCCCAGGGCGCGAUCCUGGAGACCUGGGAUCAAAUCCCAUGUCGGGCUCCCGGUGCAUGGAGCCUGCUUCGCCCUCUGCCUGUGUCUCUGCCUCUCUCUCUCUCCCUGUGUGACUAUCAUAAAUAAAUAAAAAUUAAAAAAAAUUGGUAGAAUGUUCACUGCUACAAGAAACAGAAAACCCAAAUCAAAUUUGACUUUAAAAAAAUGAAGGGAGGGCUCAUUAAACUGGAAAGCUCAGAGAUAGCACAGACUCAAAACUGGAUGACCAAACAGCUUAGUUUUGUCACUAAGGACCCACUUUAAUAAUUUCUUCCCAAUCUCUGUGUUCUGUCAUUUAUAGUGUAGGCCUAGUUUUAAAACUGGCGCCUCUAAUGGUCAUGGAAGGGGUUUUCUUAUUCAUGUAUAGAGUCAAAGAAUGCACUUUUGCCCAACAUUUUGGUAUUAAGAGAUGAAAUUCACUCUCAUGGAGCUAGUUUUAGUCACAUGGCCCCCUUUGAACAAAUGACAACGCCAAGGUAAAUUAAAUACAUUAAUUGGCCUAAGCCAAUUUGGACCUAACUUGGGGCAUGGAGGAAGCAGUGGGUUCACUCAGAGCAGAUAAGUGGGUGAAGGGCUAGAUAGAUACCAGCAUGAAAAUUAGGAAAAUAUUAAGAAAACGAAAUUGUGGGAUAGAAACCAAAUAGGGAACUAACAAAUACCGAUUAUAGCAACUACAAAUUAGACCCUGGUUGUUAGGAUCAGUGCCCGAAGGGUGUCACAUCUCAAAUGAGACAUAGUCUUAUUUACUGGUGCCAUUUAAACAUUUUUGAUGUGACUUUGGUAGUAGAGAGCUUUAAUAUUCAUCCAUGCACAGAUCUCCUCUCUGAGCACAUGAGAAUUUAUAUUUCCUGAUUCUCUUGCGGUCGGGCAGAGCUGUGUGAUUCAUCCUUGACAAUGGAUUAUGGAUGGAAGGGAUGUAUGUGUAUUACCCUGUGGCAGCAAUUGUAGAAGUUUUGUCAAAGUGACAUAAGAUCAAAGCAUGGAAUAUAGAUACAACAUAUGGAAGAUAAGUGCUCUGGAAAGUUACCUGUACUUGCAACAGACUGUGAGAUAGAAAUAAACAUUUUUUUUUUAAAUCUUAAAUCAUUGAUUUGGGGGUUGUUACUGCUUCCUAACCUGACCUCAUCAUGACUAAUAUAAAUUUCAUAUGUUCUUAUACAUGAUGCUUAACUGAAGAAAUAGAACUGAUAUUACAAUAGAAAUGUAACACCAGUGAUCCCAAGAAGUGCAAUGAUACUCACAUUUCAUAUGAAAUGUAUCAGAAUGUUGGGAUAGUUUAUCAAGUGUUGUAAUUUCUGACCAAUAUUUCUGGAUACACUUCUUUAGUAAAGACUUAUGAGGUUAGUGUUCUGAAAACAACACUUUUAUCCAUUUCACUUAAUUCUUACAUUUGCAUCAACGUGUUCAUCAUUUUCAACACCCUUAGAUACAGUCCCCAGAGGUUGAGAAGGAAAUGUAGUUAAAAAAAAUCUCUUUUAGCUGAUUUUUGACACCCUGUCCUCUCCCCCCCCCCC